AUGGCGUGCGCCGUGCCGCGGGUGGACCGCGGCGGGUACAAGCUGCACCUGGACUGCCCGGUGGACGCCCAGUUCGUCCAAAAGCUGCGGUCCAUCCAACGGCAGCUGGAGAGCGCCCUGGACAAGGGCUUGCCUGUGAAGCCCCAGACAGAAAUGGUCCAGAGCGAUUCUGAGGACGAGGAGGUGAAGGAGCUGCAGGAGCGCACGGAGCGGCUGCUGUCGCGGCUGCCCAUGGGCAACCGCAUCCACAAAGUGCUGGAGGCCACUGCGGCGGUGCCUGUGCCGGACAGCCGCGCGCCAGUGCCGCUGGGUAGCCUUGGGGCGCAGGCGGCCUAUGUCGCCCAGCAGCGCUUCGGCCAGACUCUGGCGGUCGGCUCCGCGCCGAUUUCGCCUCUGCCGCGGUCGCCGGUGUUUCACAAGCUGAUGCUGCGGCGCCAGAGCCGAUCCCCGGCGAGCUCCCCUUCGAAGUCCGCGACGUCGCCCUCCAAAUCUCCAGCCCUGUGGCCUAACGAGCGGCCUGUGGCGCAGCCCCAGUCGCCCGUGUACCGCCAGCUGCAGCAUCAGCGCCAGCGGAGGGCCUCCCCGAAACCGCCCUUGGCCUCGCCGUCGCCCUCCGCGUCGCCGGCGUCGCCUUGCUUCGUGUGGCCCUCUGAGCCAAACGAGCCGAAGCCACUCCCCAAGUCAACACUGAGACCCGCUACAGUCGCUGUGACACAGCCAAAGCCCAUCACACCAAUCAAGCCAGCCUCACCGAGGAAGGCCAAGCCUCCAGCACCACCCCCGCCUCCCAGACAGGCCCGGGACUGUGUGUCCUUUGGUGCCAAGGACGACUGGACUUGGCUGCAGUCUGUGAGGGCCUGGGACCGAGAGGCGGAAGCACAAGGCGGAUGGGCGGAUGGGCGGAGGGAUGCGAUGCUGAAGUUUUGGGUUGGGCUGCGACAAGCUGGUAACAACAUCUCUUGCGGAAAGCUCUGCAUCGAUUUCAGUGGCAACCAUCAGCCCGCCAAAGAUUACACUAACCUCGUCCGCUUGGAGUUCCUCAAUCAGCUGGCAUGUCGGGGGCAGCAAGCGAAAGCAGAGAUCUCCCCCUGGGCACUUCUGGCGGUGGUGGGGCUCGCUCAUCGAGCUUGGGCGGGCAUCCCAGAGAAGAGGCUGGCAUGUCAGGGGCAGCAAGCAAAAGCAGAGAUCUCCCCCUGGGCACUUCUGGCGGUGGUGGGGCUCGCUCAUCGAGCUUGGGCGGGCAUCCCAGAGAAGAGGCUGGCAUGUCAGGGGCCGCAAGCGAAAGCAGAGAUCUCCCCUUGGGCACUUCUGGCGGUGGUGGGGCUCGCUCAUCGAGCUUGGGCGGGCAUCCCAGAGAAGAGGCUGGCAUGUCAGGGGCAGCAAGCGAAAGCAGAGAUCUCCCCCUGGGCACUUCUGGCGGUGGUGGGGAUCGCUCAUCGAGCUUGGGCUGGCAGCCCACAGAAGAGGCUGGCAUGUCAGGGGCAGCAAGCGAAAGCAGAGAUCUCCCCCUGGGCACUUCUGGCGAUGGUGGGGCUCGCUCAUCGAGCUUGGGCUGGCAUCCUAGAGAAGAGGCAGGCAUGUCAGGGGCAGCAAGCGAAAGCAGAGAUCUUUUUCUGGGCACAUCUGGCGGUGGUGGGGCUCGCUCAUCGACUUUGGGCGGGCAUCCCAGAGAAGAGGCUGGCAUGUCAGGGGCCGCAAGCGAAAGCAGAGAUCUCCCCCUGGGCACUUCUGGCGGUGGUGGGGCUCGCUCAUCGAGCUUGGGCGGGCAUCCCAGAAAAGAGGCUGGCAUGUCAGGGGCAGCAAGCGAAAGCAGAGAUCUCCCCCUGGGCACUUCUGGCGGUGGUGGGGCUCGCUCAUCGAGCUUGGGCUGGCAUCCCAGGGCAGCAAGAGAAAGCAGAGAUCUCCCCCUCAGCGCUUCUGGCGGUGGUGGGGCUCGCUCAUCGAGCUUGGGCUGGCAUCCCAGAGAAGAGGCUGGCAGAUUGGGCACAGCAAGCGAAAGCGGAGAUCUCCCCCUGGGCGCUUCUGGCGGUGGUGGGACUCGCUCAUCGAGCUUGGGCUGGCAUCCCAGAGAAGAGGCUGGCAUGUCAGGGGCAGCAAGCGAAAGCAGAGAUCUCCCCCUAUCUCCCCCUUGGCGCUUCUGGCGGUGGUGGGGCUCGCUUAUCGAGCUUGGGCUGGCAUCCCAGAGAAGAGGCAGCAAGCGAAAGCAGACAUCUUGCCCCAGGCACUUCUGGCGGUGCUGGCGUUCGCCCAUCAAGCAUGGGCCGGCAGCCUACUCGAGAGGAAACUGUUCGAUGCGGGAUUCCUUCAGGAUCUGAGCUACGUCAAGAGUUUCAACAGCAUCUUCAGGCAAGCCUUUUGAAUGAGCGAGCAAGUGGAGCCAACGAAGGAGCCUCCAUCCCUACGCUGCAGCCAUUUGCGGGCGGGGAUGUGGCAGCAGUGGCUUUGGGCGGGGCGGACGGCAAGUCAAGGGGAGCCUCUGAAAGAGACGUGCCGAGAGCAAAUCCCUUCUUCGCCCCGUUUGAGCCGCUUGUGCAGAGACACAACGCCGACGUUGAGGAGGCCAAGAUUGCUGGCACGGAGCUGGAAGAGCUGGUUGGAGCGAGGCCAGGCUUCCAGUCUGCAACAGCCGUUGUCUUGUCGGAUGUCUCUGCGGGUCCUGCCGCUCCCGCCAUCGCUGCUUCGCGGGGCUCCCAGGAGUCUAUGGACUCGCCGAAGUCGGGGCGCGUUCGCAGGCGAUCCGGCAGCCAGACCCCCACGCUGCUCUCAGAUACCGUGAGGACCAUGCGGUCUCCCAACGAAACGCAAGACUGGCACAGCUGUGACUCCUCUGAUAGCUUCGCGACGGAGUCCGUUCAGCGCUCUGCCACACGGCAGAACACCGCCAGCGAUGAGGAGAGGAUGGUGAGCAAAGCGAGCAUGGCGAGCAAACGAAGCCGACGCAGCACGAAGAGCAGCACCAAAAGCCGCAGUCUCAGCCCGGUGCGCGCCUGGAUGCCGAAUUUGCCCAACGGCGUGCUGCCUGACUCACCCUGGGACAGCGUCACCAGCCCCGGCAAAGCCAUGCAGCCCCGCUGCAGCAGCUGCCCGCUGGAGGGCGCGGACGGCGAGAUCUCCUUCCACCUGGGCCCCACGCUGCCCAUGCACCGCGGUAGGAGCCGUGCGGCGGACGGUGCGCCGCAAGCAUUUUCCAAAGAGACGGAGGUGUUGCAACCCGAAGGCCGCCGGCCACACCUGCAGCCCGCAGGCGAAUCGCGCUUCUCGAGCCAAGAGCGCCAUGGUGCGGUCUCCCCCACCAGCAACUGCGUGUCCUUCGCAGGCGAUGAGGAGAAGGCCAAGAGCGAACAAGGACGUGCGAGCUUCGACGAGGAGAGUCAGCUGCCUUCAAGCUCAGAACUCAUGUGCGCCACCUUUGGAAUCCAAGACAUGGCGCGGCACAGAGAGGUGCCGUGUGGGGAUGUGGCGGCGGUGGCUUUGGGGAGCGACAGCAAGUCAAGAGCUUCCGGAGACGUGCCAAGAGGUCCCUUCUUCACCCCGUUCGAACCGCUCGUGAGAAGGGGUGCUGACGCAGAGGAGGUCAAGGUUGCCAGCAUGGAGACGGGCAACCGGAGAAGCUUGGAAGGACCAGUUGGAGCGAGGCCAGGCUUCCAGUCUGCGACAGCCGUUUGCUUGUCAGAUGUCCGCGCGGGUCCUGCCGCUCCCGCCGCUCCCGCCAUCUCUGCUUCGCGGGGCUCCCAGGAGUCUAUGGACUCGCCGAAGUCGGGGCGCGUUCGCAGGCGAUCCGGCAGCCAGACCCCCACGCUGCUCUCAGAUACCGUGAGGGCCAUGCGGUCUCCCAACGAAACGCAAGACUGGCACAGCUGUGACUCCUCUGAUAGCUUCGCGACGGAGUCCGUUCAGCGCUCUGCCACACGGCAGAACACCGCCAGCGAUGAGGAGAGGAUGGUGAGCAAAGCGAGCAUGGCGAGCAAACGAAGCCGACGCAGCACGAAGAGCAGCACCAAAAGCCGCAGUCUCAGCCCGGUGCGCGCCUGGAUGCCGAAUUUGCCCAACGGCGUGCUGCCUGACUCACCCUGGGACAGCGUCACCAGCCCCGGCAAAGCCAUGCAGCCCCGCUGCAGCAGCUGCCCGCUGGAGGGCGCGGACGGCGAGAUCUCCUUCCACCUGGGCCCCACGCUGCCUAUCGGGCGUCACCGUAGGGGCCGUCCGAAGUUUGAGCCAGAAGGGCCGUCAGACUUGAAGCAGUUGAUCAAAGAGAAGGACUCGGCGCAGCAGUCGCCGAUCUCGGCGCAGCUGCAAUCUCCGAUGUCCCCGUUCUCGCCCCUGUCUUCAGAACCCCCGUCAUCGAUGCCCUCGCCGUCUCCCAGCACGUCACCCAAGCCGAGCACGCCAACAUCGCCGGAGAAGGUGGAGCCCAAGCCCGAGCCGAAGCCAGAGCCGAAGAAAGAGCCCAAGCCAGAGUCAAAGAAGGGGAAGGGAGGGCCGCCAAAAGGAACCGGGAAAGGCGAGAAAGGAAAGGACGCCAAGGGCAAGGGCAAGGCGAAAGCUGAGCCAAGGAAGCCCGACAUCAAGCCGGGGGUCCAGGUGAAGCGCCUUUUCUGGAACUCCUUCCGGGUGGACUCCGAGCGCAAGACCGUGUGGAACGAGAUCGAGCGUGAAGGAGCGCCGAUUGAUACCGACCAGCUGGAGGCGCUCUUCUGCGAUGAGCCCAACAAGCGAAUGGCCUCGCCAUCCCCAGAAGCUGAACGUGGCGUGAAGAAGAUCCAGGUGCUGGACACGCAGCGCCGGCGCCAGGUCUGCGUGAUGUUGGCGCGGCUGCCGCCCGGCCAGGCGGUGGCCCAGGCGCUCAGAGAGCACCGGGCCCUGGACAGCGAGCAGGUGGAGCUGCUGCUCAUCAACGUGCCCUCGCCUGAGGAGCUGAAGCUGCUGCGCAAGGCCCAGGAGGAGCACACCAUUGACGAGUUCCACAUUUGGGACACUGCGGAGGAGUUCCUGCUGCUGCUGGUGCAGGUGCCGCACUUCGAGCUGCGGCUCAGGGCCUGGCACUUCCGGAACACCUUCGAAGAGCGCUUCCAGGCGCUGGCGCAGGCGCUGCGCUGCGUCUCCGAGGGCUGCCAGCGGGUGCUGACCUCCCCCUCCAUCCGCCACUUGCUGGGCAUCGUUCUCUACGUGGGGAACUACCUCAACGGCGGCACCCCGCGGGGCCGCGCGGACGGCUUCGCCCUGGACACCCUGGUGCUCAUGCGCACGGUGAAGAUGUCUCAAGGAGACAAGCCGGGCACCUUGGUGGACUACGUCACGGGGCAGAUGGAACGCGUCUACCCGGGGGAUUUGCAGAGCGUCUUUGCACCGGGAGGCGACUUUGAGCUUCUGAAGGCGGCGGCACGGCACAAGGGCCCAGACCUGGUGGACGAGUUGCGGGCCUUCAAAAACCUGGCAGACGAGCUGCAGAAGAAGAUGGGAUCUUCGGAGGAUGCGAGCAUGGACGAAUGCGCGCAGGCCAUGACACAGCAGGUCGAGGUGCUGGCGGGCUUGGAGGCGGAGCAGCGCGAGCUGGAGGCGAGAUACGAGGAGAUCGUGGUGUGGUUCCACAUGGAGGACAAAGGCAUCCGCAAGCCCACGGAUGAGUUUUUCGGCAUUUGGGCCAAGUUCUUGGCAGAUAUCCAGACAGCCAAAAAGGCCUACGAGGAGCAGGCGCUCCGGGAGAAGCGGAAGAACUCCAUGCCCCCGCGGCGCAGCUCGAUGGCGGUGCCCAAGGAGGCGAGGAGCCGCCGGAGCUUGACGCCCCGCCGACACACGUCAGGUGAUGGUGUCGCCGAUCCGCCGGGAGAUGGGGGAGCUGCCGAUGCGGCGCGAGGCCACGGAACCCCAGGCGGAGGAGAUGGCGGUGCCUGAUGCCUGAGGUGCUUUGCAUUCUCACUGUGCCGGAGUUGGCCUGGUUGGAUGGCAAGGCCUCAGACAUCUUGAGUGUUUGCCUUGGCGAAAUGUUUGCUGCCAACACGAAGUGACUGGCAGUGGAUCGAUGCGCUCGCAUGCGCAUGAAAAUGCCGCAGGUGCCGGG